AUGACCUCGCCGCCAACUUCGAGCCAAAUUUGGCCGUCGUCACAAACCGGCGACAGAAGACGGCAAGAUCGCCGGAGCAUUCAAGGAAUAUUCCUUAACCGGUCAGCUAACUCCUCGGACCGAUUCUCCGGUUUAGACAAAACCGUAAUCGAGUCACUUCCUCUGUUCAGAUUCUCUGCUUUGAAAGGUUCAAAACAAGGGCUUGACUGUUCUGUCUGCUUGUCUAAAUUCGAAAGUGUUGAGAUUCUUAGGUUGUUACCUAAAUGUCGUCACGCUUUCCACAUUGGAUGUAUAGAUCAGUGGCUUGAAGAGCACGCAACGUGCCCUAUGUGCAGAGACAGAGUUUCUAUUGAAGAAGAACACUCUAUUUAUGGAAACAGCUUCCGAUUCUUGAAUCAAUCUGAGGUAAGAGGAGAUUCGAGCUUGGAGCUUUACAUCGAAAGAGAAGAAGAAGAAGAAGUUGGUGAGUCAUCGAGAUUAAGAAUCGGAGAUAGUUUCCGGAAGAUUUUUAAAUUAGGUCAUAAAGAGAAGCCUUUACUUGAUGAACACGUAAACGAUAAAGAAGAGAACAAGCUGAUGCAUAAGUUUAAUCAUAGGAUCAUUUUCUCUGAUGUUAUGUUCAAGAAUCGUUGGAGCAACGUGAGUUCGUCGGAUUUGAUGUUUUGGAACUCGGAGAUGAUUAAUUCGAUGUCCAGCGAGAGAUUUUUAUCGAUGGAUCGAGUUAAGAGAGGUAUCUUGGGAGUCAAGGAAGAGAUGGUGGAGAACAAGGUGAGUUCGAUGAAAACUAUGUUGUUGUCUGAAAAUGGAGAGUCUGGUUCGAAAUCAAGAAGCGUUAUGGUCGAGCCGGGAAGAAGAACGGUCUCUGAGAUCACUGCAGUUCCUAGAGUCAGUAUUGCGGUUCAUGGACAUUUUAGCGGUUCAACCGCAGCAACUGCGUUAGAAACGGAGGAGAGAAGAAGGCGGUUGUGGCUGCCGAUUGCUAGGAACACAGCUCAAUGGUUUGCUAAUAGAGAAAAAAGAAAUCAAAUUAACACAACACACCACCAACACUUUGAUGUUUAG